AAAGCUAGGUUUGGCGAUUUGGCCAGCCAAAACGGCGCUUCUCAGAUGAAUCGUCUUCUUCUUCGUGAGAAUUUUCAGUUUUCUUCUCUCUCUUAAAAUCAUUCCUCCUCUUUUCAAAACCUAAUGGAUUCUGUUUAUCGUAAGAGCAAGCAAAUCUGUCAUAGCAGCAGCGGCGGAAGCAGUUUCCAGAGAUCCAUAUCUCCUUCCGGAAGGUUCUGUUCAUCAUCAAUUUCAUCAUCUUCAUCUGCUUUCGCAUCUUCAAUCUCAGGUUUAUCUUCAAACUCUAGCGGCGGUUUCUUCACUAGAUCUGCUUCUCCAACGCGUGUUAACUUCGGAUCCUCUCAAACUUCUCAAUCCAUUCGCUUCUCCAUCGAUAGAUCUACAUCUCCUGGCCGUUCGAUUGCAGUUGCGAAUAAGCCGAAACAGAAGGUUUCAAGUCAGAAGAAAACAUGUAUGUGUUCGCCUACAACUCAUCCAGGCUCUUUCAGAUGUAGUCUUCAUAAGAAUGGAAAUAACCGUCAGAGUAGUCAGAAUCAACCGACGACGUAUCAUUCGAAUCGGCUUUAUGCAAGAAGAUCGGCGAUGACUAAUUCUCUUGUUCGAAUCGGAACUGUUGAAGGAGAUCUGGUGAGAAGAGCUUUAGCUGCUUUGAUACGUCCUUCGUCACAUCAACAAAGGAGAAGAGCUGAUUUCCAGCCAAGGCCGAGUCGGUUAUCGAUUAUGUCCAAGGCUGAAGAUGAUUGAUUAUUGAGUUUUUUUUGUUCUUCUUCUUCUUCAAUAUCCUACUUUUUUUUUAUAUGCAGUUGUUUUCAGUAGUUGUAUACUGAGCCGGUAUUCCGGCGACGGCGAAAGGAGAAUUGAUCGGUACCAUCCGCGGCCAAUUUAUGGCCCGAUUUUUUCGAUCUUCUU